UUUACAGUGAGGAUACAUGACCUUAAAGGGUAUUGAGACCUUGUUUACCAGUCACAAGUGUUGUCAUGAGACCCAUAACUAUGUUGUCUGUACAAGUAACACGUUACAGCCUUUUUCCUCCAAUGACAGCAAACUUGUAAAUGUUCAAUCAUUGCAUGGUCACUCUGAUGCUAUUCAGGUAUCUCACACACAGUGGUGUGUCGUCAGUGAGAUGAAUUCUUUUACAUAUGGAGGACUGACCUGUCCUGCUAAACACUCGUUUUGUUUAGAAGCAACUGAGGACUUCUCAAUGGGCCAGAUUAACAUCCUUGGAAGGAUGCCACUGGAUGCAGAAAUUUCCCCAUGGUGGGAUGACACCUUCUGUGAACAAGGAACACAGGCCCUAGUUGACACGAUGGACUUGGUGCAAAGAAUCAUCACACAGACUGAAUAUCAUCUCUCACAAGCACAGGUAGAGACGAACCUGGCUCAAAAGACUGCAAACAUCCUGUCCAGCUCUUCUACCCGUUCAGCCCUGAGUGUCUACACGUGGUGGGACUGGAUACUUUGGGGAUGUGCCGUCGGCAGUGCCCUCAUCUUCACUUUUACACGGUUUCAAUGCUGUUAUUUCAGAUAUCUCAUCAGAGCUCUAAAGACAUCAACCAACAUGGCUAUGGUCCUUAGCCCAUUACAGGUACCAACACUACAGAAAGUCUGACAGAAAGCAUCCAGCCAAAGUCAAACAGUUGUGUCCCCGCAGGAAACUCUGAAUAGCCCACGGGGCCAAAGGGAGAUUUAACUGUAAGGUUACUGAUGCCAUUUUGACUGGAUCAGAUAAAAGAUCACAGCAAGGAACUUUUUUAUGAGAACCAACACCUAGAUCCUGUCUCGCAAGUCUAAAGCAACGCACCCAACUGAGAGGGACAGACAAAUGGCCCACACCAUAUGCAUAAUCAUUUCACUCCUUUUGCCCACUCUCUCCUAACAGGAAACACUGAAACUACCUUUCUUAUUAACAAUGCAGUAAAGCAUGUGUCAUGUUUUACAAAAGGUCUGGUAAAAGGGGUCUCAUUCUCUUAAUGGGGAAGUCGUGGCCUAAUGGUUAGAGAGUCGGUUGUGAAUCGAAAGGUUGUGAGUU